AUAUGAUGAUCCCAGGGAGUAUAGGAAUCAUAUAGAUGAAGAGCAUCCGUCGUUUAAUGUUGCGAAAGCAUUCGCCCACUCUGUCAACAAUUAUACAGAGUUCCUGAAGAAGUGCAUUGCUUAGUCUCAGCCCGAAACAACGCGAAGGUAGUUUUGAAAUACUCCACAGCGUAUCCGUUUAGGAUACCGAGUCAUUCAAUGGUUUGCGUCUACUGCUGUGAAGCAUAUGACGAUCCAAAGAUAUACCGACAGCAUAUGGACCAGGAGCACGCUUCAUUCAACGUGAACACAGCGUUCGCGCACUCUGGACACAACUGUACAGAGUUUCUCAAAGUAGAUUGCACGGAAUUAUUAUGUAGGAUAUGUCAGCAACCCUUCAACACGAUCGAUGCUGUAGCUGAACAUUUAUCUAAGAUACAUGAAAAGAACGUGGAUUUGAAAAACGAUGUCGGAAUGCAGAUGUUUAAACUGGGUGCGGAAAGAUGGGUCUGUGCGAUUUGUAAUAUAAAACUGCCCAGCCUUCGGGAGCUGAGUCGCCACACGAGCUGUCAUUAUCACAGAUAUACUUGCGAGACUUGCGGUAAAUCGUAUAUAAAUAAAGAAAACCUUCAACGUCACAUACAGUUCGUGCAUAGCAAAUAUAAAAUUUGCAUUAAAUGUAAGAAGACGUUCCCGACUUGUGAGGAACGGAGGGAGCAUGUAUUAUCCUCAGAGCGGUGUUGGCCACAGAGUUGUAGCGUAUGUGGCAAGAGAUUUGUGUCUAGAAAUUUAAAGCUUGACCAUUUGGCCAAAGAACACGGCCAAAAGCCCAAGUCCUAUACAUGUCCGGAAUGUGGAAUAGUCUUCGACAAAUGGCAUCCGUAUCGCGCGCAUUUCAUAUUGGCUCACACGAAUGAUAACUACAGCUGUUCACAUUGCGGUCUUAAGUUUGAUAGAAAGAAAUCCCUGGAGGAGCAUAAAGUAAUGCACACAAAAGAGAAAUCUUUUCAUUGCGGCGAUUGCGGGAAGUCAUUCGCGCGUAAAAAGAAUUUGAUCCAGCAUAGUUGGAUACAUAGCGAAUACAAAAGAUUUGAAUGCACCUCGUGUAAUAAAAGUUUCAAUCAGCGCGUUAGUUGGAAGACCCAUAUGAAGUCCUAUCAUCCGGAAUUAGUAGAUUUUUGACUAAAUAAAAUUAUGAAAGACCACUUAAGUACAUGUCACGUAAAGUUUCUGCUAUAAAAACCAAGUUAUACGCUAUGUAAGAUAAGUUUUAUGAGAGGGGAAUGAAACGUCUGCUAUAAUAUUUUUCUGUAGCUCCUUGUUUCUUAUAAAUAUUCAGUUAAUAUCGCUCUUAUAUAUUUUAUAUAUGGCCCAGAAGUUAUUUUUGAAACGGGUAUACAAAUAGGGCAAUUGUAAGUUAACAUUAUUAAAUAAAGUUUAUUUUGAAU